ACAGAAGAAAAGACACAAAACGUGUGACUUGACAAAAGAGGGCAGGUACCAGAGGCAGGACCAUGAAGGCCGGCGUGGGACUCUUCUCUGCAUUGGCUCUGUUCCUCCUAAUGGGGUCAGUGUUCACCCAGAGAACUCGGCCAAAGAAGCCCACCAGGCGCCCAGCCACCACCAGGAAGCCUUCUGUCCCCAAGCCUGCUUUACCGGUACAGCCAGAGCCCCAGGAGCCUACAGACUUCCCUCCACCCAUCCUGGGCCCACCCUCCAUGUUUCCUGACUGCCCGCGGGAGUGUUUAUGCUCCCCAAGCUAUCCGAACUCUCUCAACUGUGAGAACCGGAACAUCCGUGUGAUCCCUGUCAUCCCAUCAAGAACCCACUACUUGUACCUGCAGAACAACUACAUCUCAGAGGUGACGGCAGAGCCGUUCCGCAACGCCACCGAGGUCCGCUGGAUCAACUUGGCUAAUAACCGCAUUCAUCAAAUAAACAAACAGGUUUUUGAGAAAAUCCCAUCACUGUUGUACCUCUAUGCACAGCGUAACCAGCUGAAAGAGGUCCCUUCAGGUCUCCCAGCAAGCCUAGAACAGCUCCGCCUCAGUAGGAACCGUAUUUCUAAGAUCCCCACCGGUGCCUUUAGCAAGAUGGGGAACCUGACUCUGCUCGACCUGUACCACAACCAGCUGAGUGACAAUGACCUGGGAGAGAAAACAUUUAAGGACCUAAAGAGCCUCAUGCAGCUCAAUGUGGCUCACAACGCCCUGAAAAGGAUGCCUGCUGGCGUACCUAGUGGCGUCAUACAGCUUUUCCUGGACAGGAACAGUAUAGAUGGCAUCCCAAAAGACUACUUCAGAGACUUCACUCACCUGGCAUUUGUGAGGCUGAACUACAACCAGCUGAGCGAUAAAGGAGUUCCCAAGGAUGUGUUCAAAAUCCCCACCCUGCUAGACCUGCAACUGGCCCACAACCAGCUCGCCUCUAUUCCUCUCUUCAACGGUCACCUGGAGCACCUGCACCUCAACCACAACAGCAUCGAGAGCAUCAAUGGCACCCGGAUCUGCCCAUACAGCCUGCAGGCCGACAUGAAUGAUGAAAGGCUGGUGCCCAGACUAAGGUACCUGCGCCUGGACGGAAAUCACCUGAGCCCCCCCAUCCCUCUGGAUGUCAUCAUGUGCUUCAGACAUCUCCACUCUAUUGUCAUUUAGGAGAAUCGUGCCUAAAGGCCUGGGAACAUGCAUGCACACACACACACACACACACACACACACACACACACACACACACACACACAGACUCACUGUGUACAAACUGAAUUUAAGACAAAACAUGAUGCGUGAAGCACAAGGUAUAUCCAACAGUGUAUAAUGUGGAACUGCGUUAGUGAAAGAGGGACUUCAAAUGAAUGAAAACAAACUGUAAAGCUUUGAUAGUUUAAGCUUUUAAGUUUAAGUUUCACCGUUGCCAGAGUCAAGAGAAUCAGAACAUUGAACUACGAAUCUACAAAGAAUGGAUAUACCGACGUUUAGGGUUAGGUGUUUGUAGGAGUUACAGUUUAUCUGUCAUUUUUAUUCAAUUACAAUGCAAAAAUUAGUAAAGCCUGAAAAUACAGGUACAUUGACAGACAUGCUACACUGGAGGGUAGUUAUGUUCACCAGCAGAUGUGACCAGAGUAGAGCUGGACAACAAACAGACCUGCAGUGGAUGUCAGAAGAGCAAAUUUAAAACAUAACUACCAUGUAGUUGGAACUGUCCCAAAUGCGCCUGUGAUUUUCAAGGUACUCCAUGUAAAAAUGUCAUUUUAUUCUUUUUAUUCUUAGUCUUCUGUAUAUUAUUCUUCUGUAUAAAGAAGCUUUGUACAAAUAAUGGACAAUAAAACUUUUUUCUUUGAUCAUUUGA